AUGGAACGUGAGUUCUUCAUUCCUGUUUUUCUGUUUACUAUCUGCCACAAGACGGAGGUUGUGAAGAACACUCUAAACCCAGUGUGGCAGGCCAUCGCCAUUCCUGUCAGAGCACUGUGCAACGGAGACUUCGAAAGGACGAUCAAGGCAGAGGUGUACGACUGGGACAGAGAUGGCAGCCAUGACUUCAUCGGUGAAUUCACCACCAGCUACCGAGACCUGUCCCGAGGCCAGAGCCAGUUUAAUGUGUACGAGGUGGUGAAUGCCAAGAAGAAGAUCAAGAAGAAGAGAUACAUCAAUUCUGGGACGGUGACCAUGCUGUCGUUCGCGGUGGAGUCAGAACACACAUUCCUCGACUACAUUAAAGGAGGAACUCAGAUUCACUUCACGGUGGCCAUUGAUUUCACAGCAUCCAAUGGUAACCCGUCCCAGUCCACCUCCCUCCACUACAUGAACCCGUACCAGAUGAAUGCAUACGCCAUGGCCCUGAAGGCUGUAGGGGAGAUCAUUCAGGACUAUGACAGUGACAAGAUGUUCCCUGCUCUGGGCUUCGGAGCAAAGCUGCCCCCCGAUGGACAUGUGUCCCACGAGUUCCCCUUGAAUGGCAACAUAGAGAACCCCUACUGCAACGGAAUGGAGGGAAUUCUAGAAGCAUACCAUCAGAGUCUGAAGACUGUACAGCUCUACGGACCACACAACUUUUCUCCGGUUGUCAACCAUGUGGCAAAGUACGCAGCGGCCGUACAGGACGGCUCUCAGUACUUUGUCCUGCUCAUCAUCACAGACGGAGUCAUAUCAGACAUGGCCCAGACCAAGGAGGCCAUCGUCAAUGCUGCUAAGCUUCCUAUGUCUAUCAUCAUUGUUGGAGUUGGACAUGCUGAGUUUGAUGCCAUGGUGGAGUUGGACGGUGAUGACAUCAGAUCUCCUCGCGAGGGAGCUAGCAGAAAGAGACAUUGUUACAGGUAG